AUGGUUACGGCUACUAGACGGCGGACUCUUGAAGUCGCGCAACCGAUUACAGAUUCGAAUGUCGAGGUCCAGAUAAAGACGAGAUCGAAGCGCAAAUCCGAUACUGCCGUCGCUCCAACCAGCCAGACUCGAGGCAGCAAACGACGGAAGAGAGCAAGUCUGGAGUCGAACCAGGAAAUCGAGAGCGAAUCGCAGAACGAAACUCCGGAGGAGACGCAGGAAAUCGAGGCUGCGCCUGAGCCUGAGCUUGAGAUUGAAGCUCAACCGGAGCCCGAAGCUGUGCCCGAACCCGAAGAAAAACCGGCCACAAAUGGAAAGACCAAGCACUUCCGAUUUGACAGCGAAGAACCAGAAAUCCCAUUAGAUACCCCGGCCGAAGAGAGUACAGAGACGCCCCAGGACAAAGAGGGCAGCGACGACGACAGCAGCGACGAUGAUGCCCCCGAAGCAAUUAGCAACUCUGCGCAACUGUCCAAGAUCAGGUCAGAAGCGAAGAAACUGGAGCAAGCCAAACAACUAGAGGAACAGUUGAAAAAGGAGAAGCGACGGCAAUUAGAUGAAUUGCGCAAAUCACAGGCGAAGAUCUCCAACAAGAAGAAAGAGAGUUUCGCCGAUGAUCUGCUUUCCGAGAGCACGGAAACCCUUCAAGGCUCUACUACGCAGGACGUACAACGGUCGGCGCUCCCGGCGCUCCUCCCGGAUGAUAUCCUGAACGCGGCCCCUGCUACGCGACCUUUGACGCCUCCCGCGGAAGAAUUGGAAACUGGUCCCAAGAAGCCCAACAAACUCCGGUUCCUUGAGAAGAGCGAAAAACGCCCGAAGGAUGUGAGAAUGGGCGAUGUCACCAUCCGAGUUCUAGACGGAGAACCCCCGCAGAAGAAGAGCAAAACGUCUUUGGCGCCAAAGUCCUCCAAAAAUGGACGCAAUGCUAGGGACAAUUGGCUGAACAAAUCCCGCAGCACGGGAAGUGUCAAUGGCCUCAGGAGAACGAAGGGUGGUCCUUCAGGCUUUGUGCGGCGAUGA